AGUUAUCCACUAACUUUUCUGUGGCGAAGGCGCCAUUCUUCCCUCCUCCUUCGGCAAUGGCCACCACAACUCCUCGCAAUUACCAUUUCCCUCCACCCGUCACCGCCAACUGCCGCAAACUUCCACUCUCUCCGCUCUUAUUUCCACGCCCCAAUCACUAUACUCCCUCUACAUCCCCCCUAGUUUGUCACUUUGCCCAUCAAUCUUCUCGCACUGUGGUGUGCAAGGCGACCGAAGUAUCCGUGACCCAAGAAUCUGCCGCCUCUGGCGAUGAGGGGAGCGGUGAGAACUGGGUACCGGUAGUGCCCUUGUCGGCGCUGCCCAAGGGAGAGCGACGGGUGAUAAUUCAAGACGGGGAGACGAUAUUGCUGCUGUGGUACAAGGAUGAGGUUUUUGCCAUUGAAAAUAGAUCUCCUGCUGAGGGAGCUUACAGUGAAGGGUUGCUCAAUGCCAAGCUCACCCAGGAUGGCUGUAUAGUUUGCCCAACAACUGAUAGCACAUUUGAUCUUCGUACAGGGGCCAUCAAGGAAUGGUAUCCAAAAAACCCAGUGCUGCGAGUCCUAACACCGGCUUUGAGAAAACUUUACGUUUAUCCUGUAAAAACAGAUGAAGAAAAUAUUUACAUCAGCUUGAGUAGCAGUGUUAAAUCUGAUGCAGCUGCAGAGAUUGUCUUUAGUGGAAAACCUCAACCUGGUGUGACUGCAAGUGAUAUCAAUAUUGAAGAGGUGAAAAUGGUGGUUGACGAGGGUUAUGAGGGGUUCGGAUUCACUGGAAAGAAUGAAUUGAUAAAUGGGAAGGCAGCCAUAAUUGGUUUCCUGCUACUGUUGGAUUUUGAGCUCCUCACCGGUAAGGGUUUUCUAAAGGGAACAGGCUUCUUGGACUUCAUAUACUCUGCUUCAGAUGCUUUCAAAUAAACGUUGUGACUUUUGAUUCAUAUAUAGGAGGCAACAUGCUCAUUCUUUGUUUGUCACAACUGUUUUUCAUGUAUUAUUAUCACUUCAACCCGUUUCAUGUUUCUAUCUGUUGUUGUAUAUUAUAGAAAUCAGAGGUCAUUGGUGUUCAUACCAUGAACUUUAUAACUUAUAAUCAAUUUGUUCUACACAAUUACUGAAAAAACUUCCGAAGGUCCU